CUUCUUCCCUUUUUUCCUAAAAUACACAAAGAAACAGACAAACAGAAAGUAACAAAACAAGCUGAGAAACAUGGAUAAUAGCAAUGGCAGUGACACACACAACAACCCCACUUCACUUUCUCACUCUCCUACUAAUUCCUCAUCUUCCUCACAACUACCCCAAGUUGUGAUGAGCCCUUGUGCUGCAUGCAAGAUUUUGAGGAGAAGAUGUGCUGAUAAAUGUGUUUUGGCACCUUAUUUCCCUCCCACUGAUCCUGCUAAGUUUACCAUUGCCCACAGGGUCUUUGGUGCCAGCAACAUCAUCAAGCUCUUACAGGAGCUUCCAGAGUCUCAAAGAGUUGAUGCAGUGACCAGCAUGGUUUAUGAGGCUAGUGCAAGAAUAAGAGACCCUGUUUAUGGCUGUGCAGGAGCAAUUUGCCAACUACAAAAGCAGGUGAAUGAGCUUCAAGCACAAUUAGCCAAAUCACAGGCUGAAAUUGUAAACAUGCAACUCCAGCAAGCCAAUCUUGUGGCUCGAAUUUGCAUGGAAAUGGCACCACCAAAUCCACAGGAAUCAGAAUCACCUCAACAAUCAGUGGGUGAUUUUUUCAUCUCAAGUCCUCCCCAAAGCAUUGGCUAUGGCAUGAACUUCCUGGAGGAGAACACUAGCCUAAACACAUUGUGGGAGCCACUUUGGACAUGAGUAUUUUGUUUGGAUCAACUUCCCUUUUCUCAAAAUCGAUUCUGAGACUCUGAAGCUACUCACGAACUUUUUUCUCUAUGAUAAAAUCAAUGCAGAAGAAAGAACUUCAUUAAUAUUAAAUAUACAUAGAAAUUGAGGAAAUUUUCCAUUGACGGUCUCCUAAGGAGAAGUUGAAGGAAUCAACCAUUUAAAAAAAAAUAACUUAGCAACUAAUAUUCAUUUAGAAUAAUUAUGCCCUAUAUGAGGAAAGAUUGUAAUUUGUGAUCAAGUCUCUUUUUGCACAAGCUAGGCAAGUAAAGGGGUCACACAUCAUGUUGAAAGAGUAGUAGAUGUUGUUUUCUUUACUCCAUGCAAUCUUUGUAAUAUCGAAGAGAAAGGGAAUUGACCAACAAAAAAAAAAAAAAGGAAGAGAAAGGGAAAGGGAAAAGUUAUGAUAGAGUCUUUAUUAAUAAUAGUUACGGUGCUAUUUACAAUCUUAAACACCUUUUAUGUCAUGAUCAUUCAAAAAAAUGGUGUUUCUUUGAAUGCCUACUUCAUUGUCAAAGUACUAGGAUUAAGACCCGUGCGAUGCACA